CUGGCAAAGUCUGGCAGAGUCUAGUCAGUAUCAGUGCCUAAACAAACUUGCAACCAACAAACAGUCUUUGCUCCUUUCAAUAUUCAUUCAACGGGCUGCUAUUGGUUUUUCUUCCUCUACUCCGGCAAACAUUUCAACAGAAUGGCCCCUUCACGUCCGCCGUCCUCGGCCUCAACCCCUAUCUCAAACGCAGACAAUGAUGACGCGCCUUCAACCAAUGACUUUAUGAAAAUUGCGGCCAAAUCGUUACAGACGGGAGCAAUGACUGGUGGUAUUGGAUUACUAGUAGGAGCUGGUACUGGCAUUGUUCGAUCAGCUCCACCUGUGAUAUUCGCAAUUGCUGCUAGCCUUCAAUGGUUUGCUCUCGGAUCUACCUAUAUGGCCUCAAGGAGUCUCGUUGAGCACGCAUGGGGUGGUGAGAAAACCCUUGGCCCAUCUGAUGCAGUCAAAGCAAGCGGACUAGCUGGCGGCAUGGCUGGUAUGGUCGGUGGCAUGAUUCGAGGUCCAAGAAAUAUCAUCCCAGGAACCCUUUUCUUCGGCACAGCCGGAACCGCGGGCAUGUAUAUAUCCCAGCGAUUCAAGGCAAGCCCUAAGGAAAGUGACUCUGCUAUAAAGCCGAAGUCGUCCUGGCUCGACUCAAAAUGGAUCCCCAUGAAGCGACUGUCCGACAAGGAAUAUGAAGAAAUGCUUGAGGAAAAGAUUUUGCAUAUCAAUGCUGAAAUAUCCAUCAUAGACGACAAUAUCGCAUCUCUCCAAGAAUCGAGAAAAGCAUCGACAGAAUCAGCCGAAUCAGCCGAAUCAGCCGAAUCAAACGAAAGAAAAUGAAAAAAAAAAAAAAAAAAAAAACAAUAACAACCCAUAACCCAUUAAUGUCAUGGCACUCAAACCACGAACCAUGGAGACUGAUACUCUUUAAUAUAUACAGUUGCAUAUUAAUUAUGUAGUAUAGAGUACUGUCAGUCUGUCACUAGGUACUACUAUGUAGGUACUCACAUACGUACAUAGAUACACAAAUUACUAUGUACUGUACAUGCGCCAACUUACCUAGGUAGGUACUAGGUAUAGUAGGUACUAUGUAUGACCUCAGCAUACGUCAUGGCG